GCCUACUAUUUUCUUUUUUAUACUGAUAUCUGGAUGUUACAGAUUCCAUAUAUUUUGCCAAGUAAUCUCGUUGCCGCUGCAAAUCUCCUAGACUCCAAUAAUCAGAGAAUAUUAGUUUUUUUUCCUCACUGGAGAUUUUCUCGUUGCAUUUCAAUCGGCAAUUUUGGCAGGGAGAUGAACCUUUUGCUUGAUGAUGAUGUGUAUUCGAGUCCUCUAUUUCGUUGCCGUUUUGCAAUGUUCUUUUGUCAAGCAUCUACAUCCAUUUUUCUUCUUCCGGGCUUCUUUGCUUUGGGCUCUCCGAAAUUUGAUAACUCGGGGGAAGAAGAUUCUGCCGAUUCAGACAAAACGUAGUCUGGGUCUGCAUCGGAGUCAUCACAGGGUGAUUCAAUAUCGUCGAACUCCACUUCUAUAUUUUGAGCUUCUCGUAUGUUUGAAAAUGUGUCUCUGGACUGGUGAUCAGUAUGAUGUAUCUCUUCGCCCUUUUCUGUGCCUAGAGAAUCAAGCAGGCCAUUUUCGAGAUCAAUCAGUUGAUCGUUUAUUUUUGAUGGGCUAGCUGUCAAGAAUGAAUCUACAAUCUCUGUAGCAUCUCUGAAAUGCGGUAACGCAUUUUCUCCCUCACAAGUUAGAUCCGUUGGAGGUAGUAAAUUAGGUGCUGCGUGGUUUUUGCCAGAUCCUAAAAGAGAAAAAAG